AUGGUAAUCCUCCAACAUUCGUGUUGGUACGAGAAGGAUACGGAAGACGUAGCACCCACGGAUUACGUAGGUCCUCUGCUACAGUUCAACCUUUUCCUAGAAAAGCCAAGCCACUCCUUUAGUGGAAAGCAGGUUACUUGGCUGUAUCACCACAUGUCACUUCUUAUCGUCACUAACUCUUAA